AGUCCCGCCCCGCACGGCCAGGCGAAGCUGAGCCGGCCGUGCGGUGUGCGUGUGCGUGUGUGUGUGUGUAGGUAUAUGUGUUCACGGGACACUGUCUCAGCCCGGGGAAGAUGGUGGCGGCGGCGACUGAGGCGAGGGUGAGGAGGACCGUGGUGACACCAGCGCCCACGAGCAGGAACGGCAGGCGGUGUCGGGACUGGGACGCGACUAGAGCUGGAAGGCCGGGGCUGCGGACCGGGCUGCGCCUCCCACGGCGGCGGCGGCGCCUGCUGCUGCUGCUGCUCCCGCCGCUGCUGCUACUUCCCUGGGCGGCUGAGGCCGCGGCGGCAGCGGCGGCGGUGUCGGGCUCAGCCGCAGCCGAGGCCAAGGAAUGUGACCGGCCCUGUGUCAACGGCGGCCGCUGCAACCCUGGCACCGGCCAGUGUGUCUGCCCCGCCGGCUGGGUGGGCGAGCAAUGCCAGCACUGCGGGGGCCGCUUCAGACUAACUGGAUCUUCUGGAUUUAUAACAGAUGGACCUGGAAAUUAUAAAUAUAAAACAAAAUGCACAUGGCUCAUUGAAGGACAGCCAAAUAGAAUAAUGAGACUUCGUUUUAAUCAUUUUGCUACAGAGUGUAGUUGGGACCAUUUAUAUGUUUAUGACGGGGACUCAAUUUAUGCACCCCUAGUUGCUGCCUUUAGCGGCCUCAUUGUUCCUGAGAGAGACGGCAAUGAGACUGUCCCAGAGGUUGUGGCCACAUCAGGUUAUGCCCUGCUGCAUUUUUUUAGUGAUGCUGCUUAUAACUUGACUGGAUUUAAUAUCACUUACAAUUUUGACAUGUGUCCGAAUAAUUGCUCAGGCCGAGGAGAAUGUAAGAUCAGUAAUAGCAGCAACACUGUUCAAUGUGAAUGUUCUGAAAACUGGAAAGGUGAAGCAUGUGACAUUCCUCACUGUGUGAAUAACUGUGGUUUUCCUCAUCGAGGCAUCUGCAAUUCAAGUGAUGUCAGAGGAUGCUCCUGCUUCUCAGAGUGGCAGGGUCCUGGAUGUUCAGUUCCUGUACCAGCUAAUCAGUCAUUUUGGACACGAGAGGAAUAUUCUGACCUAAAGCUCCCCAGAGCCUCUCACAAAGCUGUGGUCAAUGGAAAUACAAUGUGGGUUGUUGGCGGAUAUAUGUUCAACCACUCAGAUUACAACAUGGUUCUAGCGUAUGACCUUGCUUCUAGGGAGUGGCUUGCACUGAACCGUUCUGUGAACAGUGUGGUUGUUAGAUAUGGCCAUUCUCUAGCAUUAUACCAGGAUAAAAUUUACAUGUAUGGAGGAAAAAUUGAUUCAACAGGGAAUGUGACCAAUGAGUUGAGAGUGUUUCAUAUUCAUAAUGAAUCAUGGGUGUUGUUGUCCCCCAAAGCAAAGGAGCAGUAUGCAGUGGUUGGGCACUCGGCGCACAUUGUCACGUUGAAAAAUGGCCGAGUGGUCAUGCUGGUUAUCUUUGGUCACUGCCCUCUCUAUGGAUAUAUAAGCAGUGUGCAGGAAUAUGACUUGGAUAAGAACACGUGGAGUAUAUUACACACCCAGGGUGCCCUUGUCCAAGGCGGCUACGGCCAUAGCAGUGUCUAUGAUGAUAGGACCAAGGCCCUGUAUAUUCACGGAGGCUACAAGGCUUUCAGUGCCAAUAAGUACCGGCUUGCAGAUGACCUCUACAGAUACGAUGUGGACACCCAGAUGUGGACCAUUCUUAAGGACAGCCGAUUUUUCCGUUACUUGCACACAGCUGUGAUAGUGAGUGGAACCAUGCUGGUGUUUGGAGGAAACACACACAAUGACACAUCCAUGAGCCAUGGGGCCAAAUGCUUCUCUUCAGAUUUCAUGGCUUAUGACAUUGAUUGUGACCGAUGGUCAGUGCUUCCCAGACCUGAUCUCCACCAUGAUGUCAACAGAUUUGGCCACUCGGCAGUCUUAUACAACAGAACCAUGUAUGUAUUUGGUGGUUUUAAUAGUCUCCUCCUCAGUGACAUCCUAGUAUUCACAUCGGAACAGUGUGAAGCACACCAGAGUGAAGCUGCUUGUCUUGCAGCAGGACCUGGUGUCCGGUGUGUGUGGGACACAGGGUCAUCUCAGUGUGUCUCCUGGGAGCUGGCACCUGAAGCACAAGAAAAGAUAAAGUCAGAAUGUUUUUCAAAAAGAGUUUUUGACCAUGACAGGUGUGACCAGCUCACAGAUUGUUACAGCUGCACAGCCAACACCAAUGGCUGCCAGUGGUGCAAUGACCAUUGUGUCCCUAUGAACCACAGCUGCACAGAAGGCCAGAUCUCCAUUUUCAAGUAUGAUCAGUGCCCCAAGGAUAACCCGAUGUAUUAUUGUAACAAGAAGACCAGCUGUAGGAGCUGUGCCCUGGACCAGAACUGCCAGUGGGAGCCCCGGAAUCAGGAGUGCAUCGCCCUGCCCGAAAAUAUCUGUGGCAUUGGCUGGCAUUUGGUUGGAAACUCAUGUUUGAAAAUUACUACUGCCAAGGAGACUUAUGACAAUGCAAAAUUGUCCUGCAGGAACCACAAUGCCUUUUUGGCUUCUCUUACAACUCAGAAGAAGGUAGAAUUUGUCCUUAAGCAGCUGCGAAUCAUGCAGUCAUCACAGAGCAUGUCCAAGCUCACCUUAACCCCAUGGGUUGGCCUUCGGAAGAUCAAUGUGUCCUAUUGGUGCUGGGAAGAUAUGUCCCCGUUCACAAAUAGUUCACUACAGUGGAUGCCGUCUGAGCCCAGUGACGCUGGAUUCUGUGGGAUCUUGUCAGAACCCAGUACUCGAGGCUUAAAGGCUGCAACCUGCAUCAAUCCACUCAAUGGUAGUGUCUGUGAAAGGCCUGCUAACCACAGUGCCAAGCAGUGUCGGACCCCUUGUGCCUUGCGGACAGCCUGUGGGGAGUGUACCAGUGGCAGCUCGGAGUGCAUGUGGUGCAGCAACAUGAAGCAGUGUGUGGACUCCAAUGCCUACGUGGCCUCCUUCCCUUUUGGCCAGUGUAUGGAGUGGUAUACCAUGAGCAGCUGCCCCCCUGAAAAUUGUUCAGGCUACUGUACCUGUAGUCACUGCUUGGAGCAACCAGGCUGUGGCUGGUGCACUGAUCCUAGCAAUACAGGCAAAGGGAAAUGCAUAGAGGGCUCCUAUAAAGGACCAGUGAAGAUGCCUUCUCAGGGCCCUACAGGAAAUUCCUACCCACAGCCUCUUCUCAAUUCCAGCAUGUGUCUGGAGGACAGCAGAUAUAACUGGUCUUUCAUUCAUUGUCCAGCUUGCCAGUGCAAUGGCCACAGCAAAUGCAUUAAUCAGAGUAUCUGCGAGAAGUGUGAGAACCUGACCACGGGCAAGCACUGUGAGACCUGCAUAUCUGGCUUCUAUGGUGAUCCAACCAACGGUGGAAAAUGUCAACCAUGCAGGUGCAAUGGGCAUGCGUCACUAUGCAAUACCAACACCGGCAAGUGCUUCUGCACCACCAAGGGCGUCAAGGGGGAUGAAUGUCAGCUGUGUGAGGUAGAAAAUCGAUACCAAGGAAACCCUCUCAAAGGAACGUGUUAUUAUACUCUUCUUAUUGACUAUCAGUUCACCUUUAGCCUAUCCCAGGAAGAUGACCGCUAUUACACAGCCAUCAAUUUUGUGGCGACACCUGAUGAACAAAACAGGGAUUUGGACAUGUUCAUCAAUGCCUCCAAAAACUUCAACCUCAACAUCACCUGGGCUGCCAGCUUCUCAGCUGGAACCCAAGCUGGAGAAGAGAUGCCUGUUGUUUCAAAAACCAACAUUAAGGAGUACAAAGAUAGUUUCUCUAAUGAGAAGUUUGAUUUUCGCAACCACCCAAAUAUCACUUUCUUUGUUUAUGUCAGUAAUUUCACCUGGCCCAUCAAAAUUCAGAUUGCAUUCUCCCAGCACAGCAAUUUUAUGGACCUAGUACAGUUCUUCGUGACCUUCUUCAGUUGUUUCCUCUCUUUGCUCCUGGUGGCUGCUGUGGUUUGGAAGAUCAAACAAAGUUGUUGGGCUUCCAGACGUAGAGAGCAACUUCUUCGAGAGAUGCAGCAGAUGGCCAGUCGUCCCUUUGCUUCUGUAAAUGUCGCCUUGGAAACAGAUGAAGAGCCUCCUGAUCUUAUUGGGGGGAGUAUAAAGACUGUUCCCAAGCCCAUUGCCCUGGAGCCGUGUUUUGGCAACAAAGCUGCUGUCCUCUCUGUGUUUGUGAGGCUCCCUCGAGGCCUCGGUGGAAUACCUCCUCCUGGGCAGUCCGGGCUCGCAGUGGCCAGUGCCCUGGUGGACAUUUCUCAGCAGAUGCCAGUCGUCUACAAAGAGAAGUCAGGAGCAGUGAGAAACCGAAAACAGCAGCCCCCCGCGCAGCCUGGGACCUGCAUUUGAUGCUGGGGCCAGGACUCCCUGUGAGCAAGGAGUGGCAUGCCAGAGCCGUCUGCCAGGAGGGAGCAGGCAGGGAGAAGACGCUGUGCGGGGCAGAAGACUGGAAACCCUCGAAUCAUCCACCUCCUCUGCAUGUUCACAAGCUUUCUUUGACAGUUUCUCCCAUCUGUACUCCAGCAUCUAACCUUUUCCUUUCGUAUAGGAAAUAACUGAUUUCGUUACAGGUCCGGGGUGAUCCAGUUGUUGCUGGAGGAGGCCGGUGUAGAGCGAGUGAGAGAGCUAGGAAUGACACUCAGGUUCACUUGUGGAAAACUGUCCUUGGGACUGUCUCAACUGUGCAAAAAACAAAGAUGUAGUGUUUACAAGUAGACAUUUAUCAUCAGUCAUUCUUGAAUGUGGUCUUUUAAAAACUAGUCAGAUGAAUUAACUUUUCAUCUGAAGCCUGCUAUCUUUUUUAAAAGAUGUGCUAUUUAUUCUUGCACGAUUUAGGCAAAUAUCUCUCUUCCAGGGAGUAACUUUUUUUCUAGUUGAGAAUUAAUAAUGGUCCAUCUCUUUUGAAUCAUAAGAUAGAAGGGGGCUAUUUUAAAUGUCAAGGUCAGCAGUGUUACUUGGAAUGUAAACUGAUGUAAUAUGUAGUUUUCUGUAGCAACGUGAUUAAUUUAGUCUUAAUCCAUUUGAGGUUCUCUCUCUCUCUCUCCUUCCCUAUCCUUCUCUUUUCUCUUUACCUCUCUCUGUCUCAGCCACUUGUGCUCUCUCUCUCUCUCUCACACACACACACACUAAGUGCCUAGACUUUAAAUAGAUCUAGCAAUUGGAAAGUUAGUAAACAUAAGUUUUUACAUAAUUGCAUUCCUACAUUCUUAUAAAACUUUAAACAGCUAUCAUUGGCAAUCUGCUCUUUUCUAAAAUCUAAUUUGCAGCCAGGAAAGUUUUCUCACCCCAAGAAACAUUUAAUGUAGCAGGGAUUGAGAGGAAAGCAGAAAGGACCUAACUGUGAAUGCUCCUGUUUUUCAAAAAGGACACUAAGGCAUAUUCCCCUGUGCCUCCCUUCCCCAGACUGGGCCUGAUGUUUGCUUCAGCCCCUCUGGCCACUCCUGCCCAGGCACCACAGAGGGAGGGCCCUGCUCAUGUUACAUGUCUUUCUUGAGCUGAAAAGAGCAUGACUGCACUUGGGACCCCUUGAUCAAAGAACAGCAGUUUGUUUCUGUAGCCUGUUUAAGGUGGUGGGUCAUUCUUCAUUCUCAGGCUGCAGGUGGAGUGCCUAGAGAAGGUUGGUCUCCUGUUGUCAGGCAGAACCUGCCCAAAGCCUGGAGAGCGGCCUGGAGCUGUUUGUCCUCUUUCCCCCAGGAGGGACCCAGGCCUCCUGUGCGCCCUCCUAGAUUCGAGGGCUGGCCGUGGGGAGGGCAGUGAGUGCUGAUAAGGAUGAAAAGCAUGAGAAAAAUGGAAAAGGAGAGAAAACCAUGCCAAAUGAAGUGACCAAAUUGAAGUCGUGACCAAAUUGAAGUGGGGUAGGGCAGUCCCUGCUCGUCUCCCCAGGCCACUGCCUGGAUGUCGUGUUGUCCUGUCCGUGGUGCUCUGUAUUCUGGCAUUAUGCAGCAGCCUCCCAGGACCUCUCUUCUGCUUCAAAACCCAGGAGUUCUCUAGCAUUACCCUGGGGGCGAGGGGCAGGGGGCAGUGUGCAGAGGCUCAGGAAAGGUAGACCUUUAGACAACAAUGCUCAAGUUUGUGAAUUUGGAGAAAUUAAUACUCAAAAGAGCAAAACUGUGGCAUUUCACCUUUAUAUGGAGUACCUAGAGAGAGGGAGUAUUAUUUCUUCCCCAACACUAACCCCUCCCAUGAAGAAUUGCCUGGAAAGAUGUUUUCAAGGAUGUCGAACCAUAAAACACUGUCUGAUGCACAAAACACCUCUACUUUGAGACUUGCCUCUCAAAAUGCUACUUUAUCACAUCAUUGUUAAAGAGCAGAUGGUUCUAGAGAAGAUCCCUCCUCUUAGAAGCUCCCUACAUCUCUGCUCCAGAUCACGGUACCCCAGAGAGCCUGUCAUGGACUGGCCCUUCACCCUGUAAUUACCACAAGGCCAUUGGAGAGGACCCUCCCACAAAGGAAGUCCUUUGUUUGUUCAAAGGACUAGUGUUUGCUUGGCAAAGAAGCCUCCUCCCCAUGGUAGUUCCAUGCCUUGAAAUAAUAAGCACCGUGUCCCAUAGCCACCUGGUUUUCUUUUUUUCUAAAAGAUAAUGUUUAUUUUUUAAAAGGAAAGAAGGAGCAAGUGAAGUUUAAUUCUGCUCCAACAGUAGAGAAACAACUGAAUCCAGCUGCUUCUCCUUUGCAGCCAGUAGCAAACAGCUUUCUGCAGGCUUGGGCCAGAAGAAGGGGGUGGCAGGAGAAAGAGGCACUCAGCUUAGAGCCAGUUACUGAGAGGAAGUCAUCUGGAACUUCAGAGCCUGUAUGUAAAUUAAAAUAGUUAUGAAAACAUAGAUAUUGCACUUGUACAUAACUAUACAAUAGUGUCCAAAUGUUUGGACAUUCAGAGUGUACAUAAAACAAAAAUAUCGUAAUGUAUUUUUAUUAAACAUAACGGUGUCCAAGUUUGACCUAAUGUGUUUUGUGCCAUAUAAUGGCUAUCCAGGCUCAGAGAAGUCCUCUCGUACAGUGAUAAUAAAGCCGAGAAAGGCAUCCCCAUUGUGCCCAUGUGUUCAAAUGCAUCUGGGACCAGCUGGAUAACUUUUAAAGCAGGACUCAUCUGUCAGUGCACAUAUGAAAAUGUGGGCAGUGUGUGAAGAGGCUCACUGGCAGCUGGAAUGUCUCUGUCACUGUUAUCAGCUCUGCGAGUGCAUUGUAAAUCUUCUGUCAGCCUCUUGGUGCUGUGGGUAGCCGGGAAAAGACCAGUCUCGUCCUGAGAAAUGUUUCUCUUAGACUUAAGAUACAAAGACUAUACCGUAGAUCUAGUCAGAUUUUCCAUAAGGGGGUUUUUCAGGCUGCGUUUUGUUGUGAUUUUGUGUAAAUUUUUGAUGACCAUUUCCUAGGACCAUAGUUAACUAUACUGCAAACUGGGGGUGGGAGUGGGCAGCUGCUUUGUUGAUAAUUAGCUCCUCCUGUUUCCCCGUGGAAAACCUCACCCUUGCCUCCUGCCCGCCUCCUGCCCCUUUCCCAUACUGUUUGGGGAGAAGUCUUUGUUUCCUGUGAGGAUCACCUCUAAAUGUGGGAGGAGGUGUGGAGAGAAAGCAACCAUAUGCUGCCUGAGCUAACCUGGAAGAAAAGCAGCCCUGGACAGAGACUGUCAGCAUAGGGAAAAUACUGGAAUAUCAGUGGGUAAGGCCUGAGGUAAAAAGAUCGGAGAUGCACCAGGAAAUCUGGGGCAAAUGGAAAGACCAGAGCGGUAUUUUAGAAAAAGACACUACCUUUCAGUGCAAAUCUUGCUCCUUCAACUUAGUAGAGUGUAUUUAGAGAGGGGGUGGGAAUGAUUCAACAAAUAUUCACUAAGUACUUCACUGGCAACCUAAGCUAACACUAGGGCAGUGACAGAUGGAAAAGCAGCUCUUGAGAAUUACAGCAGAAUCCAGCUCCUCAAACCUGUCAUCCCGGGAGACCUUUCCUUGCAGUGGUUUCUGUGAGAAUUGGCCACCUGAGGACAGACCCAGGAAGGCAGAGGGUCUAGCCUUGGACCGUGCACCGGCUCUCAGCCUGAAAUGUUUACUCAGUUUACCAAAUGGCUCAAACUAUAAAAAUCACCAUGAUGGUUUGUAGAUAGCCAAGCCCACCAAGAGAUGUUUCCCCUGAGUUGUCCAAAUUCGUGAACACCCUUCACCUGCAGGGAGAUGAUUUUAUUGGAGAGGAGAGGAAAACUGGCGCCUUCUCUUUUAAAGGCAAUAAUGGAAUUGACUUUCAAUAACUGAAUUUGUGCACAAAACAUUCUAAACACUAGUGAAGCCUGUUCUGUUGAACUAAUUCUGGCUCUGGAAAUGUUUUAUAGUUAUUUACAGUUUUGUUUUGUUUGGGGAGUUUUUGGUUUGGAUUCAAGCUUAGUUUGUUAAUAUGUAUAAUUUAGCAUAUAUUGCACUCAUGUAAAUAUGGAGUAAGUAUUGUAAACUAUUUCAUUGCUGGGGAUUGUGGGUGUUAUACAUACAUUUAGGACUGCAAUUUUUUGGUAUUUUUUGUAUUGUAAAAUAACAGCUAAUUUAAGCAGGAACAAGAGAACUAAGGGAGGUCUGUGCAUUUUAAAAAUAAAUGUGAAGAACUUGUAUAUAAACAGAAGUAAAUACUAUAAUACAAACUUCCUUCUGAAAUAAAAGUAGAUCUGAUAAAAAUG